UUUCUUGCGUUUUAAUCACGUGGCGUAGCAAACACGGAACCCUGUCACUCGUCGGCCAAAGCAAACUUAAUUUCCAAAGUUGAAAUUUCUCUUCUGUUUCCUUUUUGAUACGGUCUAAAGCAAUUUACACUUUUAAAUUGCAUUGUGUAGUACUCCACGCGUUCUUCGAUGAUACGAGUUUUUCGGAACGUCAGACACCUGUCUACCGCCCCAAUGAAACAAACGGAACUGUCUGUACCCGUCCCCUGGGGAGAGAUCAAAGGGAAAAUUUGGGGUCCUGAUCAUGGCCGUCCUGUGCUGUGUCUACAUGGCUGGGCUGACAACUGUGGUAGCUUCAACACUCUUAUUCCCCUUCUACCUAAAGGGUGCCGAUAUGUGGCGGUGGACCUGGCAGGUCACGGUCUUUCCUCGCAUCGUCCCCCUGGUGUCUUUUACACUUUUCCUUCAUAUGUGUCUGAUAUUCACAGAGUUGUUGACACCCUCCGCUGGCGCAAGUUCUCCAUCCUGGGCCACAGUAUGGGAGGUAAUAUUGCUGGAAUGUUCAGUGCUCUUUUCCCUGAGAUGGUGGAAGCUUGUGUAUUGCUGGACUCUUAUGGAUUCUUACCCACUGAUCCGAAAGACGUGCCUGAAAUAAUGCGGCGGGGGAUGGAUGGCAUUCUUGAGUUUGAAAAGAAGCCCGAGAAGAGUGAGCGAGUUUACACUUAUGAGAAAGCAGUUGAGAGGCUGUUGGCAGCAAACCCAAGUCUGUCCGAGGCGUCUGCGUGCAACCUUUUAGAACGUGGUCUUGUACAAGUUGAGGGAGGAGUUGUCUUCUCACGUGACCUCCGUAUCAAUUUGAAAAACAUCGCUCGUAUCACUUUGGAGCAGAGUUUGGAAAUGCUCUCGAGGAUACGAGCCUCCGUUCUGGUGGUUCUUGCGGAUGAAGGCUUUGAGAAAAUAUUUGCAGAACCAGACCAAAAGAAAUUUACAUCAGAGCUUCUGCAGGGCUAUAGACACAAAAAUCACUCGGUGGUGAAGGUACCUGGCGGCCAUCAUGUUCAUCUGAAUAACCCCGAGGUGGUUGCUCCAUUAGUGUGUGAAUUCCUCCAGAGCAAAGUCUUAUCGACGACGGUCAAUGCGGACGAACUCACUCCUAAGCUGUAAGGAAGUACACGGAGCACGCAUUAAUUACACUGCUCAUUUCAACAUUCGAACUACUAAUCUCCAAGUUGCCAUGUUACUUGAGGUAAACCAUUUUUCAUAUUUGUAACAACUAUGAAUGUGUUGUUGCCUCACGUGGCACUUUUUUUCUUGGUUUCCGACUUGUUACUAAGCCAUCUAAGGCUUCAGCGAUAAAUUCCGUAGACGCUUCCUGACACUGCGAAAAACACAUUCUCACAUUUCAGGCCCUUCGGCUACAGUCAAUAUGGGAAGCAGCCUCUUCAUGUCUUUGGUCAUGUUUUCUUUCUGGCUGCCUGAUUUUUUUUUUUUUUUUGUCUGGCCAAUCGACUCGUGCAGAAUCAGACAGCGGUUGCCAUAUCACCUCCUACCCCGCUGCCUUUGAGCAACCCUUUUAAAUCACUGACUUUGAAGUCUCCGGCCAUUAAUAUUUCAGAGGUUGCAUGAAUAAAUCAAAAGGCAACGAGCUGUGGAAAGCAGCAGCACCACAGCGGCUCAGGGGCUGCACAUUAGCAAGGUGGUCCGGCUGCUUUGGUCUUUGGAGGAUUUCUCAUUUGCAUCGCAAGCAUUUUGUAUCCUUGAAUUCUACUUCUUUUGUCUUACAAGGCUUUCAAAAGAUGCGGUUAAAUGUCCCAAUGCGUUUGAGGAGUUUUGUUUUUGGUUUACUAUUUAAAUGGAAAAACCUUGGAUCAAAAUGCCUGGAAAAAAUAUGUGCAUGUAAGGCCAGCUGUUGGAUUUUGUAAUGUUUGCUCAAUCAAAAGGAUGCAUUUAAAUUAAAUAAAAAUAGCAGUCUCGCAAACCUGGAACCCACAAUGAAGUUUACUGGACAUACCAUCUCUCCCUGUCCUUUUUCUCCUGUUGGGCAGCGACCACUUCAAGAUAAAACUGCAUUUAAAUCUCAGGGGUUGUGUGUCUUCUUUCCACAUUUCAAAAACAUGCAUGUGAGCUUCAUUAAAGACAAUAAGUUGUCCAAAGGUGUGAAUGAUUGGUUCUUUGAUAAGGUGCGCCCCGCCUCUGUGGGAUUACCUCCAAUUUACCCCCAAUCCGAAUUAUGAAUAUGGAAAUGAUGAAUGGAAUGAAUGGGUUUGUGUUGCAAAUUACUGUGACCCGCAAAUUCUGCCUAGCAACAAGUAGUCCUGCACAGAUAAAUGACUACAAAUGGAAAUACUAUAUAAGAGCCAUUAAUUGUUGUUGCUGCACUAAAAUGUAAUAUCGCUUUGCAACGUUUGAAGUAGUCUGGUACAUUGCUAGGAAAUGUAAUGAACAAAAGCAUCAGUAAGUAAGAAGUGAAGUCUUUGUUGUCUACAGUAGCGGUGAUUCUGUGUGGCAUCAUCAUUUUUAAAGCUUACUUGAAUUUUCUGUAACUGUGUUUCCAAGAUAAUCUCCCAUAACAGGUCUUGUUGGACGAAAGCGAGGAUCACAGCCUGGGCGAGUAAAACACUGCACACACAAGCACACACACACACUCCACUAACGACCAAGUCCACCCGAUUUAUGCUGACACUGCUUUUUCACACCCCCCACGAGUGUUAAGGAAACCUCUUGGUUCUCAUCGCAUCCAAUCAGUCAGUAAUAAGCCACUGGGAUGUCAUUAGAGCUGCAAUUAAUUUGAAAGCAAAGUAUGAUGUAACGCUCCUCUCCGAAAUGUCGUUCCUCUCAUUAAUCACUUGAGACUGCAUCAACAUUGUGUGUGGGUCUCGCAAUUUUGUAAUUUUUUUUUUCAGGUGAAAAAGAACCGUUUUAAAUGUCAGGGUCCCGCUGUUUGGAAUGUUCAACCAGUCUUUGAACUUUCCCUUUUUUCGUGCUCCAUUCUAUUUGAUUUAUUUGACACCAAGUGCUCCAAGUAAGGUCGUACAAUUUCCUGCCCUGAGCUCAGCCAA